AUGCAAACCAAUCAGAAUUUUCAAAAUGCAGUGAACAAGCUAGAAGUGCAAGUUGGGCAGAUUGCAUCCUCCUUGAGAAAUAGAGCAUCCGGAACAUUUCCAAGCCAAACGGAGGUGAAUCCAAGGCAUCAAGAGCAUGCUAAAGCAGUACACAUCUUGAGAAGUGGUAAACAAGUUGAUAAUAAGGUUGGAGAUGCCAAUGAAGAGCAAGAAGAUGGAGAAAAUGUGGAGAUCAUUCAACCACCACAUGGGCAGCCCACAGGUUCCACCAAACAGCCCCUCAAUGCUCUUGGAAAGAGCACAGGCCCUAAGGUAUCAUCUAAUGCUAAUCAAGUUCCAAUUUCAACUAAUGCUUUUAGGCCUAUUACACCCUUUCCCAGCAGGUUAUCAAAGUCAAAGAAAGAUCAAGGCUUGGAUGAGAUAAUGAAAACAUUCAAGAAGGUGCAAAUUAACAUCCCAUUGCUCAAUGCCAUUUCUCAUAUUCCAAAGUAUGCAAAUUUUUUGAAGGAUCUAUGCACUAACAAGAGGAGAUUCAAAGAGCAUGAACAAGUUGCAUUGAGUAAAGAGGUAAGUGCAGUGUUACAAAGAAAGCUACCUCCAAAGCUAAAGGAUCCAGGUUCAUUUUCUAUACCUUGCAUAGUUGGUGAUUUUAAGUUUCAAAAAGCUUUGCUUGAUCUUGGUGCUUCUAUAAAUCUUAUGCCAUAUCAUGUUUAUGAUCAGAAACUUAACCUUGGUGAGUUGCAAGCCACAACUGUGAGCAUUCAAUUAGCAGAUAGAACUAUUUGGUACCCCAAGGGCAUUCUAGAAGACGUUUUGGUGAACGAAGAAGGUUUAAUCUUGCCAGUCGAUUUCUUAGUCCUGGAGAUGUAA